AUGGCAUCAAAAAGCCCGGCGUUCAAGGUGCCCAGAGGAGAUGUGACAGUGAGGGUUUCCUUGAUAAACCCAGUCAAUUUUGGACCGGCGAUCUUGAAAAGAUUCAUGGCUCCGGAUGUGCCACAUCUAGAAAGAUUCAAGGAUUCUCCUUCUCUCACAUUCCUCAUCGAGCAUCCAUCAGGGAGGAAACUGGUCUGGGAUCUUGGUAUCAGGAAGGACUACCAGAACUAUUCCAAGUCAAUAUCUGAUUAUCUUCCGACCACAAACUACAAUAUUCAGGUGGACAAAAACGUAGUUGAUAUCCUGGAAGAAAAUGGGAUACUGGGAGACGAUAUUGAGGCUGUGAUUUGGAGCCACUGGCACUGGGAUCAUAUUGGAGACCCUUCCAGCUUCCCGCCGAAGACAGAUCUGAUUGUUGGGCAAGGCUUUUCGGAGGCUAUGCUGCCUGGUUAUCCAACCAACCCAGCAUCGCCAAUCCGUGAGAGUGAUUAUGUCGGUCGAAAGUUACGAGAAAUCAAGUUCGAGGGGCCAGAUGUGAUUCAAAUUGGCCAGUUUCCCGCCUUUGAUUAUUUUGGCGACGGUUCAUUCUAUCUACUCGAUAGCCCCGGACAUGCUAUUGGCCAUUUGUGUGGACUGGCUCGCACAACCCCAGAGACUUUCAUCCUAACAGGAGGUGAUGUUUGUCAUUAUGCUGGGAUCUUUCGUCCAUCCCAGCAUCUACCAAUGCCUGCAUCAAUCGAGCCACAUCCCUUCCAGUCUCACUCACAUGGUGCUUUCUGCCCAGGAGCCACCUGGGAAGAACUGCAGAAAGAUAGGGGUCGAACACCAACCGAUACCCUAUUCGACAUGACAUUUGGGCAUGACGUCCCGCUUGCCACUAAAACCAUGAGGCAACUCCAGGAGCUCGACUGUGAUGAAAAUGUCUUCGUAAUUAUUGCCCAUGAUUCCACUGUGAGAGAUGGCGUGGACCAUUUUCCCAAGUCACUUAAUGACUGGAAGGCAAAGGGAUGGGGUAAAGCGUUGAAAUGGGCCUUUCUCCGCGACCUGGAGCCUUACUGGAAGUCAAAAGAAGCAACUGCCCCGUCAGAAUAA